AGAAAGUUCUUCAUAUAUAAGAAGUAGUUCGUGUCGAAACGUCCUGUGUAAAUAUUCAUAUUUACGAUCUAUAAAAGAAGAAACGUACUUUUGAAUAUACUAAUUAUUAACUCUAAUAAUACACCAUAAAUUAUCGGACUUAUUUAAUAACAUCGUGUUUAUACUUAAAAUCGAUCAUGGAUCCGCACCAUGUACGCGAAGAAAAUAAUCGUCUCGAAAAUGAAGAUAUUAGACAGAACGAUAAUGCCAAUGCUGCACCAAAUGGUAAUGCCGUUAGAGAAAAUAAUGAUGCCAGAAAUGAAAAUGCUGCACCAAAUGGUAAUGCCGUUAGAGAAAAUAAUGAUGCCAGAAAUGGAAAUGCUGCACCAAAUCGUGCAAGAAAUAUUAGACGAGUUGAAGAAGUUAAUUUUGAUCUUGAAAAUGUUAAUUUUAUACCGAAUGAUGUAGCCUUUGCAUUUUUGGCUCGCCGAAGACGAGUUUUGAAUAUACAAGGAUUAGCUGAACAUAGAUUAUUUCGAACUACUCUCGAACAUAUAAAAAAUGUUUUCUUAGUCGGAUUGACCCCACAUUUUGAUGAAUUUGACGUUCAGGUGGUUUCUUGCCCUCCUUUAACCAGAUCGCCAUACAAUCUUGCCAAAAAUGGAUUAUCUGGCAGUCCAAUAUUUUUGCGCGUGGGUACUUUAGACAAUAUAAGACCAAACCCGUCGGUAGACGAAAUAUAUGACAUUCGAGAUGAAUUGCUUGAAUGUAUUUUUGAUAGUUUUAUUAUUGGAGCAGGUUUUGCCGCGAAACCGUCUAUGCCUUACAACGGUGUUCUUACUAUGAAUGCGACAGCCGUACUACCCGACAAUGUUAACAAUAAUAGUCGUAUCGCUUAUGAAGAUAAUGUUGGGCUUUUACAACAACAAAAAGUUGAAGAUCCUCGCCAUAUGGUAUGCGCUAUGAUGGGCAACUUUUUUAUCAAUGAAGGUAGAUCAGGACUGGUGAUCAGAGUGCGUAUUAAAGGACACAAACGAAACAUUCUAGGCGAAAUACAGCGUUGUCUGCUACGUUAUUGUAAAUUUUCAGUUGUUUUAGGUGGCGUGUUUUUAAUAAACGGAGGACGAGUGAUAUGCUCUAUUACAAAAGAGACUUAUCCACAAACCCGAUACUGGACCAUGCACAGGACUUAUGCAUAUGAUUGUAAAGAUUUAGUAGCUCUUGGCGUAGUAGCCAAUACUCCAUUCGAAAUUUAUUCGGGACAAGAGACUUACGAUACUAUAUAUACAAAUAGUCGUUUCAAGUUUCACGUAUUCUCUGAUGGUGAGCCGGCCGGCAUAUACCAAGAUGAUCUCACACCAAAAGAAACAGAAUACGUCGGUUACUUUAAUAUAGCGGAACGUGCAAUUUUCUAAAUGUAACAAAUUUUUAUACUUUGAUAUAAAAUCAAAUUCUUUCUAUAAAUAUAUUAUAUGUCGUGAGAAAUUCACGUCAAAUGUAUUCAUAAGGCUUUUAUGAUAUCAUUCAUGAUAUCAUCACAAAGAUAUCAUUUUCAGAUAUUUUACAUAAAUUUCUAGAUUCGCACAAGAAUUAUUUUAGAAUACAACUUUUAUUUUAGAACAUAAACCGGAAAAUUUAUUAACAUAUUAUUAUGAUAUAAUAUAUUAUAUUAUUUUGAUAUUGACAUUGAAUUACUAAUAGUAGCUCAAAUAAUCUUUCUCUUGAUUUUCUCUUGACGAUGAAAGAAAUUAGAAAAACAUUACAUAAGAAGUUUGAUCAUAUUUUAUUCUUUCUUAAGAAACUUAUACUCUUACUUUUUCUGUAGAUAAAUAAUUAAUUUUUUAGACUUUUUCAUGAACAAUAGACAUAAAUAU